UUGGUAUUAUUGACUAUACAGUUCUAUAACCGAAAAACAAAUAGUCUGGAUGAACUGCAAGCAUAUCCCAAAUAUCGCAACGAUCCCAUCCUCCCCUGAAAAAAUUAUAUUUUGUGUUUGUGAUUAAAUAUGGUGAGCUAUUUCAACUAAUAUAGCUCACAUUUUCUCAUUGACAUUUGCUCGCUUAAAUGUCUUCAGUGAAUCUUAAUCCACACUAAUCAGUCCACAGCAAUAUCCAAUUUUAUUUGAAAAUUAUUUAGUGAAAUGGGGAUAAAACAAUAUUCCAGGCCGUUUUUGCGAUUAUGAGUCUUACUUGUUUAUACCUUUAAACAUAUUGACAUUGUCAUUGAUUAUAAUUUUGCUUUGCUAGAAUGAAAACGGGUUGAAAAUGCUGCAGUCAAAAACAUUCUUCUUGACAUCAGCCUUUAGACGAGGAAAAUUAAUGAAGAGGAAAGUGAUUCCCAAAGAGCCGCACAUACAUAAAGCAAGACUGUUAAUUAAAUCUGUUCUGGUUCUAUAUAAUUUCACUGCUCCACAAGAAAAGCACAACAGCAUACCGACACUUCCAAAAUGAAGCCACAUCUUAUCGGAUCCUGAUGAGGUCUGUCCAAGUUGAACGGAAGCCACCGAUAAGUAGUAGUCAGCUCUAUUUCACUUAUGAUACCAAUACAUCCCAGAAUUGAUCUCUGCUGUUUUCAGGGUGACAGGUGCAACACAGCCAGCCGAAGCACGAACUCUAGGGGGGUCUCGGGCGUCUUGUGCCAACCAAUAGGACGGCGCACCACGCUGGAGUCCAGUAGACUUUGGGGGGUGAUCGUCGGGCACCUGUGCCAAUCAGGGCGCAGUGGGAGGAGUUCAGGGGACUUGGAGGUGUGUCUCGAGAAUGCGAGUCUGCAGCUGCAUAUUGUGUCUAAGACGGGGAGUAAUGGUAUGAGUACAGUGCUUUACGCAAUUUUUUUUUUUUUGGGCAAGCUUUUUGGUUUUCAGUGCGUGAGUUAGAAGCUGCUUUCCCACAAUUUCUGUUCUUGCGGUCAGUGACAAAUUAAGCCAGAAGGCACAACAGAGACGACUCAAAGAACAGUUGGACAAACUGUAAACUUGUGCAGAAGCAGCCACAAAGUGCUCACAAAACUCGCAGUCUGAGGAACCGUCAAAAAAACAAAAAAAAAAAAAACGCAAAGCGGCUCAUCCUUUCUUGCCGUGAAUGAGGGAUACUUCGCUGGACAUGUGAAUUUAAAAGGAGAUACCUGCCAAGCACAACAAUGAAGCCAACGUCUGUCCUGUGUUGCCUCGGCUUUCUCCUGACAAGCGUCUUGUUUGGGGUCGUCUCUCCACAAUCAGUCUGUGCUGGCACGGAGAACAAGCUAAGCACUCUGUCGGACCUGGAGCAGCAGUAUCGCACCUUGAGAAAAUACUAUGAGAACUGUGAAGUCGUCAUGGGCAACCUCGAGAUUACAAGCAUUGACCGUAGUCGAGAUCUGACCUUCCUCAGAUCCAUACGAGAAGUGACUGGCUACGUGUUGGUGGCUCUGAACCAGUUCGACUACCUGCCUUUGGAGAACUUGAGGAUCAUUCGAGGAACAAAGCUUUAUGAGGACCGCUACUCGCUUGCAAUCUUUCUGAAUUAUAGACGGGAUGGAAACUUUGGCCUUCGACAGCUGGGUCUUAAAAACCUCACAGAGAUUCUCAAAGGAGGUGUGUAUGUUGACCAAAACAAGUUCCUCUGCCAUGCAGACACAAUCCACUGGCAGGACAUUGUCAAGUAUCCAAGGAUCCAUCCUAUAGUGGUCCCCACUAACAGCAGUGUUAUAUGUCAAAAGUGUCAUCGUUCCUGUACUGGGCGCUGCUGGGGCCCCAAGGAGGACCACUGUCAAAGCUUAACUAAGACGGUGUGUGCUGAACAGUGCGACGGCCGCUGCUUUGGUCCCUAUGUAAGUGACUGCUGCCAUCGCGAGUGUGCAGGUGGCUGUUUUGGCCCAAAGGACACAGACUGUUUUGCCUGCACAAACUUCAAUGACAGUGGAGCGUGUGUUACACAGUGCCCUCAGCCAUUUGUCUACAAUCCCACCACGUUCCAACUUGAACACAACCCGAGGGCAAAGUACACCUACGGAGCCUUCUGUGUCAAGAAGUGCCCACAUAACUUUGUGGUGGACCACAGCUCCUGUGUGAGAGCAUGCCCUAGUAACAAGAUGGAGGUGGAGGAGAACCGCAUUAAGAUGUGCAUCCCUUGCACGGAUAUCUGCCCAAAAGCAUGUGAUGGAAUAGGCACAGCCAGCCUCCAGACAGCUCAGACAGUGGACUCAAGCAACAUUGACAACUUUGUCAACUGCACCAAAAUCAAUGGCAACCUGGUGUUCCUUAUUACUGGGAUUAAAGGGGAUGUCUAUCACAACAUUGGACCUUUAGAUCCAGAAAAACUCAAUGUGUUCCGGACUGUUCGGGAAAUUACAGGCUACCUUAACAUCCAGUCUUGGCCUGACAACAUGACUGACUUGAGUGUUUUCUCCAACCUAGUAACUAUCGGGGGAAGAGCACUGUACAGUGGGAUUUCCCUGUUGGUGUUAAAACAGCAGGGCAUCUCAUCGCUUCAGCUUCAGUCCCUGAGAGAGAUCAGUGCUGGGAAUGUCCACAUUGCAGAGAACAGCCAACUCUGCUACUACAGCACUGUGAACUGGACAAGACUCUUUCGCGCUGGUAACCAAAAUGUCCUUAUUCGCAGCAACAGAAGCCCACAAGAAUGUGCCAAGGACCACAUGGUGUGUGACACAUUGUGUUCUGAUGCUGGAUGUUGGGGUCCUGGUCCGGACCAGUGCCUGUCYUGCCGGUACUUCAGCCGGGGACGAACCUGUGUAGAAACCUGUAACCUGUACGAAGGGGAUAUUCGAGAGUAUGCCAAUGGUUCACUGUGUGUGGAGUGUGAUGCCCAGUGUGAAAGAGCAGACGAUGACUCUUUAACCUGCCACGGCCCAGGCCCGGAACAUUGUGUGAAAUGCCUUCAUUUCAAGGACGGUCCGAACUGUGUGGAAAAGUGUCCUGAUGGCUUACAAGGUGCCAACAGCUUCAUCUUCAAAUAUGCCGAAGUAAACAACGAAUGCCAUCCCUGCCAUGCCAACUGCACCCAAGGGUGCAUUGGACCAAGGCUACAAGACUGCAUCGGCUGGAUGGACAGAACCCCUCUGAUUGCUGCUGGAGUGAUUGGCGGCCUCUUCAUGGUGGUGAUCAUGGUAUUGAGCGUAGCAGUGUCGGUGCGGCGGAAGAACAUUAAGAAGAAGAGGGCCCUUCGGCGAUUUCUGGAGACUGAGUUGGUGGAACCUCUGACUCCCAGUGGAACAGCUCCUAAUCAAGCCCAGCUUCGCAUCCUUAAAGAAACGGAACUUAAAAGAGUCAAGAUCCUUGGUUCUGGAGCCUUUGGAACUGUAUACAAGGGUAUUUGGGUCCCAGAGGGUGAAACUGUAAAAAUUCCUGUGGCCAUCAAAAUCCUUAAUGAGGCCACUGGACCCAAGGCAAAUGUGGAGUUCAUGGACGAGGCUUUAAUAAUGGCCAGCAUGGAGCACCCUCACCUUGUCCGRCUGUUGGGUGUCUGCCUGAGUCCGACUAUCCAGCUGGUGACACAACUGAUGCCUCAUGGCUGCCUGCUUGACUACGUCCACGAGCACAAGGACAACAUCGGAUCACAGCUGCUGCUCAACUGGUGCGUCCAGAUUGCCAAGGGAAUGAUGUACCUGGAGGAGCGUAGACUUGUCCACCGAGAUCUUGCAGCCCGGAAUGUUCUGGUCAAAUCUCCGAACCACAUCAAAAUCACCGACUUUGGGCUGGCUCGGCUGCUAGAUGUCAACGAAAAAGAAUACAAUGCCGAUGGGGGAAAGAUGCCAAUCAAGUGGAUGGCCCUGGAGUGUAUCCAUUACAGGAAAUUUACUCACCAGAGUGAUGUAUGGAGUUAUGGUGUGACCAUAUGGGAACUUAUGACCUUUGGAGGGAAACCAUAUGAUGGCAUUCCGACCAGAGAUAUUCCAGAUCUACUGGAGAAAGGAGAACGACUUCCUCAGCCACCCAUCUGUACCAUUGAUGUCUAUAUGGUCAUGGUCAAAUGCUGGAUGAUUGAUGCAGACAGUCGACCCAAGUUCAAGGAACUAGCUGCAGAGUUCACACGGAUGGCUCGUGACCCCCAGCGAUACCUGGUCAUCCAGGGUGAUGACCGCAUGAAGUUGCCCAGCCCCAACGACAGCAAGUUUUUCCAGAGCCUGCUAGAGGAAGACGAGCUGGAGGACCUGAUGGAUGCCGAGGAGUAUUUGGUUCCUCACUCCUUUAACAUUCCACCACUGGCAUACACUCCUCGCACGCGCAUGGACUCAAACAAGAAUCAAUUUGGCUGUCAGGACCCAACGUUUACCAUGGGGGACAUGCUGGCCACUCUGCCUAGAGUGGGUCAAUCCAUGUCUGGAAGCAGCCUCCCUUCACAGGAACUCGCUGCAGGGGCCCAGAUUAGUGGUGGAUUUAGUCGUGGCAACCAAGAUGACCCUCGCUGUAAUGGCACCCUAAGAAAGCAGGCCUCCCCAAGGUCAAACACCCUUGGUUUAGCUCAUACUCCAGGACAAGGUGGAGGAGAGGAGACUAGCGGACAGCGCUACAGUGCGGAUCCUACUGGUCUUUUAUCAGAACGAGGUGAAAAGGGAGACAAGGAUGGCUACAUGGUUUCCAUGAGAAACAAGAACACCUCAGAUCAUCUCCAUCCUGUUGAGGAAAACCCUUUUGUCACACGUCGUCGGAACGGUGAUGCCCACAUAGUGAUAGAUGGAGCAAGUUGCCACACCUUGCACAUAGCUGGCGCUGCCGCUGCCCCAAAAGGCCAGUCUGCCCAUGGAGACGAUGAGUACAUCAAUGAGCCUCUGUACCUGAAUACAUUCCUUAGCCCUGGGGACAAAAAUGGAUUAGCUGGUGCCAUUUCCAUCUCUGGUUCUUCGUCCUCUACUGCACAAUCAGUCCUGCAGACAGCAAACCCAUCCACAUCAAGCCACAUCGUUUCCUCCACUGGAUAUGUGGUAACUCCUGGCUUACUCCCCCACCCGACAUAUCCAUCACAUACCCUGCAUCCAGGGCAUUCAGGACACACACUACACUCAGGCAUCACCAGUAGCACAAUGGCAUUUGAUAAGAAAGCCAAGAAAGCAACUUUUGACAAUCCUGAGUAUUGGCAGCACAGUCUCCCUCCGAAGUCCACAUUGCACAAUCCCGAGUACCUGCAGGACUGCAGCACACGUUUCUUCUACCGGCAGAAUGGACGCAUUCGCCCUGCUGUGGCAGAAAACCAGGAAUACUUGUCUGAGGCUGCUAUGAAGGCUGGCAAUGUGUUGCCACCACCUCCAUACAGGCAGAGGAACACUGUGGUGUAGUGACCCACCUGUAGCAUCUGGAGAUUAAAAUCAUGUCUUUUCAAUGCCGUACUUGCCCUCCGGGGUCCUCCUUGCACCUUUUCUGGAAACUUGUCAUAAUCAUUCUAUUUGGAAAAGUCUUCUAUUCUCAGUGUUUGAAUCUGCCUUUCUGUAACAGACUAGCUGUCAGUGGCAGCUUCAUCUAAGACUUAAACCAUCCUUUUUAAACAUGACUCUUAAACUAGAGGAUCUCCUUCAGGGAGGGAUCUGGUUUGACCUGCAGAAAACUGUUCUGGUACCUUUAACAACAGAACAAAAGCAAUCCAAGAAAAGAUUACAUCAGUGUGUUAUUAAAAAAAAUAAGAAAUAACCUAAUUAGGCUAAUUAAACUAGUUAGUCAGACGAAGAGUAUUUUCAUUGACACUGUGAGAUUGUUAAUGAACCCAUGAAUCAUUCUUCUGUAUGUUUUAUAUAUUUUCUAAUGAAACUAGUUGUGUACAUGGUUUUGUUUGAUCAGACUUUUUACAUUGGGUUUAGGUUAUAAUGUGAAACAUGCAUUCAGGUUAGAAUCUUGACUUACCAACCAAACUGAAGUUAUGCUGAGAAUACCUAAAGUAGUUUUUAUUCCCACAAACUCGCUUCUUUGUCUGUCCCUUUCUUAAAACAAUUAAGCAUGUCAGUCCUGGGACAAGCCCGAAGGCCUGGCACAACAACAGAAACCAUAAAUUUGUCCACACAUAAACACAUCAACAUAAAUUUGUCCACACAUAAACACAUCAACAUGUACGCCUGCAACCACUUGAAAUGUAUUGUGGAGCAGUUUGAUCUUCUACUGAAGCAGCAGAAAACAGGAAGUUGUGAAGAGCAGAAGAGGGGAAGAUUUCAACAAAAUGCUCAAGAGCAUUGUUUUGAGCUUUUGGCCCUGUCCAGAAUAAUAUGAUUUUUUUUUUUGUAAUUUUUUAAAUGAACAUUUUCCACAAUGGAAAUGUUUAAAAACUUCAUUCUGUCUCCAACAAUACUGCAGCUGUUUUUUUUGUUUGUUUUUUUUUUCUUCUACUCCCUCACAUCUGUCUUACGUUAUUCUGAUUCUGUUUGAUUUAACCUUUUAAUGCAAGCUCAUGAAGUUAAUGAGUAAGGGGAAAGGGCAUCGAGUGAUCACAAAAGCACAAUCUACAGCAGGGACACUGCAUUGCAUUCUGGGAACAUCAGAGGCUUGCUGUCAACUCCAGUCAACAGCAGAAUAUAUGGAGCUGGAGAGCGAGAUGCACUAACAGGAAAAAAAUAACACAUGCAAGAACUGUUCUAUUUAGACACAAAAUAAGGCUUUUGCAUCCUCUUAUAAGAAGCAAAUACAAGCUUAUGGAAAAAGAUUGUUUGGAUUUUUCUUGCAUACAUAAAUUUCUGCUGAAACUCUUGAAAUUGUAUCAUUUGUCUCAAAACAAACAAUACGAAAGGCAGUUGCUGUUGUAUGUGUGUGUCAUCUUUGGUUACAGAGCACAUAUUUACGCACAUUAGAACUAAGAUAAGUAAUUUUCAUAACUCAUGGAUGGACUCUACCUUUGUUCGUCUUAUUUGAAACUUAAUGACUUUCAAAUCAUUUUUAGGAGACAAGCUGUUCAAGCUUCAGGCAUUGGUAAAAACUUUGUGGGGUAAUGUAAUUUCUUCACCAUAGUCAUGAACACCUCCCAGGUCUUCAAGGUGUGCUCCUGAGUGAUGUCAUCAUCCCAUUCCAUAAUAUUUAGCCUAGCUCUGCUUUUGGAGUUUGUCUACAGAAUGUUAGCCUCAUUGUUGCUGCCAACGACGUUACCUGCCGGCAUGACAUAACUUUUACAUUGACGUUGAUUGAAUCACACAGUUUGCCUAGAUGUGGGUUUUGUCAAAAACGGAAGAAAAAAAAACUAUCAGUUUAACAAGAUAUCCUGAAUAGUGUAGCAAUGAUUUGUGAUCAGAUAUGCCAGCUGUGUUGGGAUUUUAAAAGAGGGAUUGUUCAGAAAACAGCCCUUUAUUUCCUUGUUAUUUUACAUUAUGUUUCCUCUCUAUUAUACAAAUAUAUCCAGCAAAUAGGGCCUCAAACCAACCAAAUCAAUGUUUGAUUUGGUGCCAUGCAUGAAUGAUUACUUUAAUAGGAGAUGAAGAGGUUGAUUUUGGGGAAGCUUUUAACUCUGACAUAAUAAUAAAAAAUUUACUAGGCUAGUUUUUGUUUAUUAAACCACAAGAUUUUUAUUAUGUUCCUUAUUUAAAUGACAAAGGUGGAAAAAAAACCUGAAUACUCAACAACCAAAACAGUCUGUGAAUAUUUCUCUUAAGAGCUGUAAUAAUGAACCGAUUACACAUCAUUACUAUACAGAGAGGGGAAAAAUGACUAUAUGAACCAAUCUGUAUAUGAAGAGAUGUAAAAGUACAUCAACUACAGCAGGUUUUUGACCACUGUGUUUUCAGAAACACUGAAAUGAACUUGGUAUCAUAGUCUGCUCAAGAGUAGAUGUUGAAAGACUUCAGUUUAGAUUGGUUUUUUUUAUUACUCACAACCAGUAGUAUUUACCAUCAAAACGACUAUGAAGCUUUUCUUUGGCACAGUUGUUAAUUAAAAUGUGCUUAAUGUUUUGGGACAGCUAAAUUAACUAAUGUUAUUUUUGCUCUGAAGGCAAUUCAUGCAUAUGUUUUUAUAUGAUGCAAGUAUAAUUUAGCAUUACUACUAUUUUCAUUUCAUCAGCAUUUUGCUAAUUAAGUUUUAGCACUUUUGAGGUAUAGUAAUGUUAUAUAAGAAUGAGUGACACAAUUUAAAUCAGGGAAAUAUCUUGAAUAAUUAGCUGUUUAAUUCACUGUAUUAAAUAAAUUAUUUGGUUUCUAAUAUUGCACUUUUUGUAAUAUGGGUGGAAGGCUGAGUUUUCUUAGUGUAGGGUCACUCCACCACAACAGAAACCCCCUUUUUCCCAAUCCUUCUUUAUUAAAAACAUUUGAUCAUUCUUUAGCUUUUGUUGUAUUUACUACAUAAUCAACUUUGGAAUGCACAUUUUCUUAACAGCACAUUUCCACUCACCUAAUAGACAUUAGCAAAUGGACGUCACACUAUGACCAGUAAAUAAAUCCUUUCAGUACACAGUACAUAAAUACAAAGUCUAUUAAUUUGAACUGGACAUAUUUCAAGCACUCUUUGAGGAAGCAGUUAACAUAGGAUUGUGCUCUUGUCAGUAAAACGGAAGAAUUAGAAAGAUGUAAGAAAGCAUUUGGUCUUCUUACAUCUUAGUAAGAAGACCGAAUUUAAUCAUUAUUUAGUUUAAGCUUCAUAAUAUUUAAAUUUCAUAAGGAUUGCAGUUAAAUCUAUACCAUUGAUGAUCUAAAUGCUUUCUAAAACUGGUUUAAAACUUCUGAGUUUGUUUUAAAGUUAUCUAAACUUAAAGUCUGGUAUUUUUACAAAAGCUGUCUAUGAAUAUCUAAGCACAAUAUGAAGAGAAGAUUAUAUGCCACACAGACAUGUCACAUGUCUAAAAAUAAUCAGAUUCUUGGUGACAAAAAUAAAGUUGAGGAGGAAAAACCUAUGUAUUAGCUCUAUUACAGUUUUGCAAGCUGUGCAAAUGAAUGCAAGGUCCAAAAAAAUAUCUGCAAAAGUGAGGCCAUGCAUCUUGUUGAGAGUGUACCUAUUAUAAUGAAAGACAGAUUACCAAUAUCUUGAGAUUUUGUGACUCCUUGUGAUGAUUAACAGAAGCUGUGAUCUGGACAUGAGCUGAGACAAGGCUCUAGUUUUGCAUUGGGAUAUCUAGUGAAAACUAGACUUUAUUAUGUGACCUAUUGCUGAACCCAUGAAUGUGAGCACAUUUGCAAGACAAAUACAUUUAUCCUAAUUGCACAUUUUGAUUAAAUAGUAAAAUUAUUUUUGCUUCUUUCUAAGCCAAUUCAGUGCUGGACAUUUUCCCUUUUGCCAUUUUGAACCCUUGCAGUAUGCGUAAUUUUGUACCUGACUUUUUGAAUUUGAAAUAGUGCAUUUCUGCCAAUGAACAUUUUAUACUGAGCAAGUUUUGAUCUGUUUGCAGCAUGAGGAAAUUUUACAGCUGCUUUGACACUUAUGUAUAUGAAAGCCAACCUUGAAAGGCAAUGUAGAUAUGACUCCAGUAAAUAAUAAUAUCUACCAGCAAACAGAAAGCCAUUUAUAAUURCUUUGUGUUACUUUUGUCUUGUAAUCAUUUAAUGCCUGACCCAAAUAAAUUGUUCCAACUGAAUUUAACUGAGCAAGUAGGGAUGAGCGUCCCAUUGGAUGGUUACUUCAUAGACACUUGCCUUCCAGCUGGCAACAAAAUAUUCAACCCCCACUGAUGCAAUGAGUGUAUUCUCACUUUUGAACGAGGAAAGACACAUUUUGUGGUCAUAGAAAGAAUGUUAGUCUAUUUGAAAACAAUCAAAUUAUUGGCAUUAAGCAAAGAAAACAAAGGCGAUUGCAGAAACUACUAAACCUGGGUUGAGAAYCGUCUAAAGCAUCGUUAAAAAACUGGAAGCACAUUUAAAAAUUGAGUCUGCAUGCACAAAAAUAAAAAAGAAAUUAUAGUCACAAAAAGAAACUGAAAGUAAGGAACACAAUUCCAAUGCAUAGUUAUUAAAUGGGGGUGAAAUGACAGCUUAUAGUCUGUAAAUAGUGAUGUUUUGCUAAUCACUGGGUGUUAACAAAAUGACAUCACAUUCACACCAUCAAACUCUAAGGAUUGUUAAUGGCUACUGAGACUUGGCAAGUUUCCAUUUAGGAUAUUUUGAAGAGUAAGUAUACUAUGCUAAAUAGCGUGCCCCAUUUAAAGAAAAUAUGUAUGUAACCAUGCAGACUAGCCUGAUGAACUUUUUAUUGCUAUACAACAAUGUACAAGCACUCUUGCACAACCUGUGCCUCUAUAUUAAAGAUUCAGAAAAGCAGCAAGGGUGAUUUACUACUGUACCAAGCACAGAUGUUUCCCUGGCAGAAUCUUUUCUUUGCCUCUCAGGGUUUAUGGGGAAUAAUAAUCAUGCAUUUGAGCUCCAGCUGAGACACACGUUGCGAGAUCAUGAAAGGAUGUUAAACCAAUUGAAAUAAAAGUAUAAUGGAAGAUAGAUUGGUGUCAUAACAUCCCACUAAAUGAAUAAAUUUCUGUUGACUUGUGCAACCCAAUGACAAUGUGAAUUUAAUGGUGAAUUUCAAAGCAUUAGUUACCGUAUUGCUACUCUACUCUGAUGCUAACCCAUUGAUCUGUUCUAUAUCUGCUAAUAUUUUGUCCCAGGUUAUGAUUAUUCUGCUUACUUUAUAUGAACAAUCACCUUUGCCUAAAUUAUUGUGUAAAUGAGUUGUGUAGCAAUAUCCUCUCUGUGUUGAAAAUGCUAUUUUGUAAUCUUAUCAUCUACGAGGCAUUCAUAGCAGAGCUUGUAGACCACUGUAUGACCGUGCAUGUAAGAGCAAUAAGAGCAGUAAAGAGUCACCAUUAGGGAUAGAAAUGGUUCUCUUGAGAAAAAUAAACCCAAUCUACGAAAGAGAAAAGCUGCUGGCGCUCUCAGCUGGCAGCCAUCGCAGGGGCUUUUAGCUUUUUGAAUGCUAAUUUAUCUACUUUCUCCUUGUUGUUCUACGGGGAAAUCAUGUUACCCAACAACUCACUCAGUGCACCAGCUGAGAAGCCCUGGACAACAGGCAAUUGGUUGUAAUCUUGCAGCGAGGUUAAAACUAUGGCAUUGGCAUUCAAGAAAUGUACCCAACCAAUGCAUCAGUAUUACAAAAGCCAGGGGGGUGGAAGGUGUGACUGCAAUGAAACUAGCAGAGUUAAAAUGCCACUGUUUAUGUCUCUUCAGAAGUGACUGUUGAAUUAUAUGUAGCAAACACUGAGCUGCAGAAGGCAGAGAAUACUGGAAUACAGAAAUUAGUGGAGUAAAAACAAAAAUAAGGUGAUUGUGGUCAAAUUAGUCACUCACAGGGCCAUAUGAACAUCUUUAAAUGGAUAAAAGUAUUAAUAAUAAUAAUAAUAAUAAUAAUUACUUAUUGACUACAUGGAGUAUAUGAUAACCCUUUUUAAAAUAUGUUUUCCUGUUUGUUGGUCUGCGUCAGUGUUGAGCAUAUUUUAAUAGCCUGUAACUACAUGUUUUGUAGGAAGGGUUGUAUUGUUUUCCCUCUCAUUUGCACUUCAGGGUCUUAUACAUUUUUAGWAUCCACCUGCAUCAUCUUUGUUGGAACUACUGCCUAGCUGUUACAUUUUGUCGUUUAUAGCAACUCAAGUCCAUACCCAAAGAUCUUUGCUGAUCUUUCUGUAGUGUUUUGUCAAGUUUCCACCCAAACGCUUACUUGACUUCUGACAGGCACAUAAACCAGGUUUAACAUCUACUGUUUAAAAGUUUAAGUAACGCAAUUCUUCUUUGCUAAUGUAAUUUAAAUAUACCUCCUAUUACACAGUUUACGUUGACCACACAUGAUCAGAUAUUGAUGCCGCCUCUCCUACCGCCAACCUUUCAAACCUUGCUGUAUAUUUGUUGUGUAAAGGUUUAUUCACAAUUUAGGUUUAAAAGCGAUUUUGCCAUACCUGACUCAUGUAUUGAUGGUUUGCAAUGAUAAGGUUGUUACUACAGCUUUAUCAUUAGGCCACAAAAUUAGGCAGCUACUUAGACCCUCUCACCAGCUGGGGUUCCCAUGAGCAACAGAAUUGUCAAAGAAGUCAAGUUUAUAAAUAUUCAAGCAACACUUCAGUAUAAUUUCUGUAAAGAGGGCUUUCUGUGAAAGGAUUUUUGCUCUCAGCUUUGCCAGUAUUAACUUCUAAAUGCUUGAAGCCAUAUCAUUUUCUUUCUGAAAAUAGUAACAAGCAAAUGUAUUUAAUUUCAUUUUCUCCAAAAAGUCAUGCUGUAUCAAGUGCUGUAUGUAACAUGAUUAAGAUUUAAGCAAUGCGGAUUAAGUUGUGGGCUGCAUGGUGAUGUAAAUGCUAGCUUUGUUGCCUUGUGGCAAAAAAGGUCAGAGGUUCAAACAUGGAGUUUGCAUGUUCCCCCCUGAAUGCCCAGGUUCUCUAUGGUUUCUUUGGCUUCCUCACACUGACUAUAAACACGACAGUUAGGCUAAUUGAUGACUCUAAAUUACCCUUGUAAGUGCGUUUGCAUUGGUGUUUUCCCUGUGAUAGACUGGCAUCUGUCCUGGGUGGAGCAUGCCACCUGUCCAAUGACCUCUGGAUGUAAGCACCCCUACAUAAGUGGGCCCAGUCAAUGGUUAGAUGGAUUCAGUUUUGCAAUCUAAGUUUGAAUUGUCUUUAUUUACUUAAUUGUUUUACCCUAUUAUUUUUGAUAAUUGUAUAUGUAUUAUACACAGACAUCAAAAUCCAGAAAGUUGAAAACAUUAGCUAAGCUAUGUCCAGCAAUGGAAUUGGAAGGGAGCCCAAAUAAAAUUAUAUUCAAGUCCCCGUACUCUGUUAUCCACACAAAAGUUGUCUUGCUUGUUUGUUUCUUAUUUUGUUGAAGCUUUUAUAUGAGACACUCCUCAUCUUUCAUUUACGACUGUAGUCUAGAAAUGAAGGCCUUAGAAGUUUUAACUGCUGAACUGGGUCACAGAGAAUCCUUUUAUACAGUGAGUUCUUCAUAACUUCCUUUUCAUAUCAUUAGAACUUUUUUAAAGCAAAAAUAUUCUACAUCUGUGGUUGACACAUACUAUUGCAAAGACCACUGUCAAAAAAGCAGAAACGCAUUUGUUCUUUGUCUGCAUUAAAAAAAAAAAAAUCCUUAAAUAGAAAAGCAGCUGGCAAAACCAAUUCUGCAAUGAUGGGUUUAAUAAACCUGUGACGUUCAUGGUGCAAUUCUGGCACUGCGUUAAACUAAGUAUGUGCAUUGUCAAGUGCUAUGAGAACCAGAAUAAAAGAGAGUGGUUAGGAAAGCACAGUCUACACUCUAAUAAACUGGUGUUAAAAUAAUUGUAAUAUUGGAAAUGCUCAUCUUUUGCUCUAAAAUGGAUUGAUUCAAGAUUUUACUAAAAAUAAAACAGUUACAAAAAUAAGAUAUUUUUAUAAGAGAGAAAAGGUCAGGUGUAUCUGUAAAUAGAGCAUUGCUCUAGACAUGCUUUUGACAACAUAAUUGUUUUUUUUUCUCCUUACAACAAUGCAUUUUUAGUUUGUUUUCUAAUUUUCACCUUUUUUUUCUUUAUGUACAUAGCUAUAUAUACAUUCAGUGAAUAUAUAUAUAUUCUGUAAAUGCAAUUCUAAGAGUAAGCUGUGAAGCUGCAAAGGGUCAUUUGGUCGCACACCAUCCAUCAAUGCUCCUGUGAUUUUGUGAUUGUGUUUUCAGCACAGCUAAGUGAAAUUUGUGUUUCAACCUAUGCUAUUGCCUUUUUUUAGGACUGACAUCUUUCCUUUUUUUUACUGAAUAUAUUUUACAUUACCACUACAUUCCUCUUCAGAUUUUCCCAGUAACCUGACCUCUUUAGGUCUUUUUAAUUUUGUACACUUAAUACUGUUACAAUGCUAGGGAUAUUCAUAUAUGGUAUUUGUAACAAAUGUUAUUAAUCCACCAGUGUCACUUUACAAUAUAAAUGUUGAGGACCUAAAACAUAGUAAAGUAUCUUCUCAAUUACUUUUGAUAUUUACUUAGCUUUGUCAUGUUUUUUUUUUGUUGUUUUUUUUUUUGUUUUUAACUAAGAGGGCAAUACUGAUUGAAUGGUGUAGCAAUAUCAAACCUAAGUAUGGUUUGUUAUUUAACAGAAAACAAUGAGGAACCUUUUUUUUUGCAUGGCCGAUUGUUCAUUGAAGUACAAUUGUGGCUUCAACAGAACUUUUCUCUUUUUCUGAACUCCCUCUUUUAUAUCAAAACUGGUUUUCCAGCAUAUUUGAGGCCUAUAUUCAACCAUGUCUACUUUCUGAAAGGAAACUGCCACCAAAAUCAUCACAAAUAAGUAUUUUCACUGGGCUAUUGUAGCUAGUACAUUUUUAGUAAUCAGUUGGUGUCAGAAGUCUUAGGCCACAUAGUUUUUCUUACAGUAGCUGAAGCUAUAAGAUUUGCUAGGAUUCAUUAUGUAAACUAAAUUGCAGAGCAGAUAUUUAAGGAUUAGACAAUUGAAAUUACAUGUCUGUACCGCAACAGCACUUGAAGAUAAUUUGUUUUAUUUAUACCACUUUUUGUUUUACAAAUAUUGAGCAUUGAGAUGUUGUUUUCUGUUAUAGAUCAGAAUGCCAUCCUUUGUAAAUUUUGGAUUCUGUUAAUAUUUAUCAUGCUAAUUUUUAUAUUUAAGUCUUUCUUGCAAAAAUACGUUGAGCUUUUUGUACAGGUAGGAUUAGAAAGUUCCCUGGCUUGUGCACUCGAUGAUUUUGGUGGCAACUACAUCAUUUUCCAAUUUUCAGUAUUUAAAUGUGUAUGCAGGGAUGGGCAAGCUCACUGAAUCUUAUUUUAUCUGUUCAGCGACGAGCUUUGCAAGGAGGAACUUUCUAUAAUGUCAUAAAUUCUUUGUAUUUACUGAAUAGGUUGAUGGAGAAGUUUUAUAGGGUGUACUUUGUCAUCUUAACAUUUUCUGUGAUACUAUUAAUUGAUCUUUUCUCCUCAGCUAGAACAUUUAAAUACAUAUUCCCUUUGUUUUGUUACAUGAUUCUGUCAAAGGUAUAUUUUUAAUUCAAUAUGAAUAAAGAUCUGUCAAUAUUUAAACAUCAA